CCACCUGUGCUCUUGACCCUAUCCCUUCCUCUCUCCUCCAGACUAUCACACCUGAUCCUCCCGUUUGUCCCCUCCCUUGUGAACUCCUCCUUGUCUUCUGGAUGUUUCCCCUCUUCCUUCAAGCUGGCCCACAUCACCCCACUGCUGAAAAAGGCCACUCUGGAUCCCUCCAUCAUCCAGAACUACCGUCCUGUUUCCCUUCUUCCUUUCUUAUCCAAAACAAUUGAACGAGCUGCUUCUACCCAACUCUCCUCUUUUCUCUUGCUGAACAACCUCCUAGACCCCCACCAGUCCGGCUUCAGACCUGGCCACUCGACAGAGACCGCACUCCUCUCGGUCUCCGCUCGCAUCUCUGCUUGCCUGAGGGACAUCCAGAGCUGGAUGGAUAAACACCAUCUUAAGGUGAACCCAGGUAAGACAGAGAUGAUCUCCAUCCCUGCUCCAUCCUCUAACCUCCUUGACUUUUCCAUUUCCCUAGGGGACGCCGUGGUGUCAUCAUCACUCACCGCAAAAAACCUCGGAGUGGUGAUGAACAACAGACUGUCCCUCUCCCAGAACAUCAUGGCGGUGAGUCGAACGUGCAGGUUCUUCCUGUACAACAUCCGGAGAAUCCGCCCCUUCCUCACCACCUACGCAACCCAGCUCCUGGUUCAAGCGAUGGUCCUGUCCCGCCUGGACUACUAUAACUCGCUGCUGGCUGGUCUGCCAGCAUCCGCCAUCAGACCCCUGCAGCUCAUCCAGAAUGCUGCAGCGCGUCUGGUCUACAACCUCCCCAGACAUUCCCAUGUCACCCCCCUGCUCACUGACCUCCACUGGCUGCCUGUUAUGGCUCACAUCAAAUUUAAGACUUUGGUGCUUGCAUACCAGGCAGCUAAGGGGUCAGCACCAGGAUACAUCCAGAGGAUCAUCAGACCCUACACACCAGCCAGACCUCUCUGUUCUGCCACCUCUGGACGCUUGGCACCUCCCCCUCUCCGUGUCUGUACUUCCCGCUCGUGUCUGCUGUCUGUCCUGGCCCCUCGCUGGUGGAAUGACCUCCCCGUGGCGGUCAGAACAGCAGAGAAUCUGACUACCUUCAAACGCAGACUAAAGACUCAUCUCUUCAGUCUGCACCUCUCCCCACCCCUCCCUAGCCUAAAGUUUAGCUCAAUGUACCUAGUUAGGCUAAUGAGAUCACGUUAGUUUUUAUUUGGCAGGAUUGUUUGUUUGUUUGCCGAACAGGUUACCCUGCAGGGUUGGAGUCCUGAUCUAUGUGGUCACUUCUGGCACUGCGAUCUUUACUUCACUCUAGUGCAGUGGUGUCAAACUCGUGCCAUGGAGGGCCGUGUGUAUGCAGGUUUUCAUUCCAACCAAUUAAUGCUGCCUUAAUUGAGUCCAAUUACUCAUUCAGCCAUAUGCGUUUAACUGCAUUGAAGCACAGAAUAUAAGAAAAUUUUUAUUUAGACAAUGCGGGUCACCAUAGACGUCGGGUCACCAUUGUGCACAAACCUGCAUCCCUAAUUCAGCAAAUAAUUUAACUAAUUAUAUAAUCAAGAUCUGAGGCUGCAAUGAAAACCUGCAUACACACGGCCCUCCAUGGCACGAGUUUGACACCACUGCUCUAGUGUGUUUCUUUUGCACCUCUGCACCUUGAACUGAUGCACUUGUUGUACGUCGCUCUGGAUAAGAGCGUCUGCUAAAUGCCUGUAAUGUAAUAUAUGCUCCCGGGAUUAGCACUAUUGCUAAAUCUCAGUUCGGUGAAGCCUACAGAGGGUAGAAGGCUGACCACCAUAAUCUUUAAAGAUUUUCCCAGGUGUCCAGUCUUUCAGUCUGCCUUACACUUUUGAUUCAGAGAAGAAAUAGUGUAGGCAAAAUACAUUACAUUACAUUACAGGCAUUUAGCAGACGCUCUUAUCCAGAGCGACUUACAGAACUUUUACAAAGCAUUUUUUACAUUGUAUCCAUUUAUACAGCUGGAUAUAUGCUGAAGCAAUGCAGGUUAAGUACCUUGCUCAAGGGUACAACGGCAGUGUCCUUACCCGGGAAUCAAACCUGCGACCUUUCGGUUACAAGUCUAGUUCCUUACCCACUGUGCUACACUCCGUCCUUUUCUGCCGUUAAUUUACUUCUUCAAGGUUAAUUUGCUAUGAUGAGGUGUUCUGUGAUGUGGUGGCACUGUGGUGAUUGCUGUAAUAACUUUCCACAAUAUAGCCUAACGGUAACAUUACCAGAUAAACUCUUGUAAACAACAAGUGUAGAACAACACCUUUAAUGAGUUGUUCCUAAGGAAAAGACCUGGCUUAUUUGGAAGUGUUGUGCACAUAUACUGUAGUCAAUUGCUUAGAAUUACAGUUCUAGGGUGGCACCCAGGGUCCGGAAAAAAAGUGAAUUACCAAGUUAAGGUAAAAGCAUAAGUGGCUGUCGAAAAACUUUUCUCCCAAA